GGCGGCCCCUGAGUCCGGCAGCCGUGGGAGACGGAGGGCUGAGUGUCUCCCUCUGGGUUCAUCCGUUGGCAGCCGUGGGAACGCUAACUUUAUCCGGAGGGAUCCGCAAGGGAGGGGGUGGGCGAGGUUCUCCUCCCCCGGCGCUCACCUCCCCUUCGGGGCCUCCCCUCCCCCGCCUCCCGUGGCAUCUCUCUCAGAGCAUCCUCACUCCGCCCAGCUCGGUGCCAGCUGCGUGGGCUCCGGCUUCGUGCGUUUUCCUUGGAAUGCUCCAAAACUCGGCGGAGACCAAGGAUAUCCCGUUGGAAUUUGCCGGGCGUGCGCUCCCCGGGCAUAGCACCCGCGCCGCCGGCCUGGAAUCGCUCCCUCUUCAGCCGGAAGGUUGCAACUUUGCAGGGACAAAGAAAUAGCAUGGCAUGAGACAUGGCCCAGUUCUAUUACAAGAGAAAUGUUAAUGCCCCCUACAGAGACCGCAUCCCCCUCAGGAUAGUCCGAGCAGAGUCGGAACUCUCACCAUCGGAGAAAGCCUACUUAAACGCGGUGGAAAAGGGAGACUAUGCAAGUGUCAAGAAAUCCCUCGAGGAAGCUGAAAUCUAUUUUAAAAUCAACAUUAAUUGCAUUGAUCCUCUUGGAAGAACUGCUCUCCUCAUCGCAAUCGAAAAUGAGAACUUGGAGCUCAUUGAACUGCUCUUAAGUUUUAACGUCUACGUCGGGGAUGCUCUGUUACACGCCAUCAGGAAAGAAGUCGUCGGAGCUGUGGAGCUGCUCCUGAACCACAAAAAGCCCAGCGGAGAAAAACAGGUGCCGCCCAUACUCCUUGAUAAGCAGUUCUCUGAAUUCACUCCGGACAUUACACCAAUCAUUUUGGCAGCCCAUACAAAUAACUACGAGAUAAUAAAACUUUUAGUCCAGAAAGGGGUGUCAGUGCCCAGGCCCCACGAGGUCCGCUGUAACUGCGUUGAGUGCGUGUCCAGCUUGGAUGUGGACAGCCUCCGCCACUCACGCUCCAGACUCAACAUCUACAAGGCCCUGGCCAGCCCCUCCCUCAUCGCCCUGUCAAGUGAAGAUCCUUUUCUCACAGCCUUUCAGUUGAGUUGGGAGCUCCAGGAACUGAGUAAGGUGGAAAAUGAAUUCAAGUCAGAGUACGAGGAGCUGUCACGACAGUGCAAACAAUUUGCUAAGGACCUCCUGGAUCAGACAAGAAGUUCCAGAGAGCUGGAAAUCAUCCUGAAUUACCGAGAUGACAAUAGUCUCAUAGAAGAGCAGAGUGGAAAUGAUCUCGCGAGACUCAAAUUGGCCAUUAAGUACCGUCAAAAAGAGUUUGUCGCUCAGCCCAACUGUCAACAGCUGCUGGCAUCCCGCUGGUACGACGAAUUCCCCGGCUGGAGGAGAAGACACUGGGCCGUGAAGAUGGUGACGUGUUUCAUAAUAGGACUUCUUUUUCCUGUCUUCUCUGUGUGCUACCUUAUAGCUCCCAAAAGCCCCCUUGGACUGUUCAUCAGAAAGCCAUUUAUCAAGUUCAUCUGCCACACAGCCUCCUAUUUGACUUUUCUGUUCCUGCUGCUGCUUGCCUCUCAGCACAUCGACAGGUCAGACUUGAACAGGCAAGGUCCACCACCAACCAUCGUGGAGUGGAUGAUAUUACCGUGGGUCCUGGGUUUUAUAUGGGGAGAAAUUAAACAAAUGUGGGAUGGUGGACUUCAAGAUUACAUCCAUGAUUGGUGGAAUCUAAUGGAUUUUGUGAUGAACUCCUUAUAUUUAGCAACAAUCUCCUUGAAAAUCGUUGCAUUUGUAAAGUACAGUGCUCUUAAUCCCCGAGAAUCGUGGGACAUGUGGCACCCCACUCUGGUGGCUGAAGCUUUAUUUGCGAUUGCAAACAUAUUCAGUUCCCUGCGCCUGAUCUCACUGUUCACUGCAAAUUCUCACCUGGGGCCCCUGCAGAUCUCUCUGGGAAGAAUGCUCCUGGACAUUCUGAAGUUUCUGUUCAUCUACUGCCUGGUGCUGCUAGCAUUUGCAAACGGCCUAAAUCAGUUGUACUUCUAUUACGAAGAAACAAAAGGGUUAAGCUGCAAAGGCAUACGAUGUGAAAAGCAGAACAAUGCAUUUUCAACGUUAUUUGAGACACUGCAGUCCCUGUUUUGGUCAAUAUUUGGUCUCAUCAACUUAUAUGUGACCAAUGUCAAAGCUCAGCACGAAUUCACCGAGUUUGUUGGCGCCACCAUGUUUGGGACGUACAACAUCAUCUCUCUGGUUGUCCUGCUCAACAUGCUAAUAGCCAUGAUGAAUAAUUCCUACCAACUUAUUGCUGACCAUGCAGACAUAGAGUGGAAAUUUGCUCGAACAAAGCUUUGGAUGAGUUAUUUUGAGGAAGGGGGCACCCUGCCUACUCCCUUCAACGUCAUCCCGAGCCCCAAGUCUCUCUGGUACCUGAUCAAAUGGAUAUGGACCCACCUGUGCAAGAAAAAGAUGAGAAGAAAGCCAGAAAGUUUUGGAACCAUAGGGAGGCGAGCGGCUGAUAAUUUAAGAAGACAUCACCAAUAUCAAGAAGUUAUGAGGAACCUGGUGAAGCGGUAUGUCGCCGCUAUGAUUAGAGACGCCAAAACUGAAGAAGGCCUGACUGAGGAGAACUUUAAGGAACUCAAACAAGACAUUUCUAGUUUCCGCUUUGAGGUCCUGGGCUUACUAAGAGGAAGCAAACUCUCCACGGUACAGUCUGCUCAGGGCAUGAAGGAGUCUUCUAACUCCGUCGACUCCGAUGAGAAGAGUGACAACGAAGGCAGCAGCAAGGACAAGAAAAAGAACUUCAGCCUCUUCGACUUAACCACCCUGAUUCACCCGCGAUCGGCCGCCAUCGCCUCCGAGAGACACAUGAGCAAUGGCUCGGCGCUCGUGGUGCAGGAGCCCCCGAGGGAGAAGCCGAGGAAAGUCAAUUUUGUGACCGAUAUUAAAAACUUCAGGCUGUUUCACAGACGAUCAAAACACCACGCUGCCGAGCAACAUGCAAACCAAAUCUUCUCCGUUUCGGAAGGGGUUGCUCGCCAACAAGCCGAAGGACCCCCGGAGAGAAAUAUCCCCCUGGAAUCUCGAGGAUUAGCUUCCCGGGGUGACCUGAACAUCCCCGGGCUCAGCGAACAGUGUAUAUUAGUAGAUCAUCGAGAGAGAAACACGGACUCCCUGGGUUUACAGGCAAGCAGGGCAGUGGGUUCGUUCGAGUCGGAUAAGGUGGUGGUGGAGGACACGGUUCCGAUCAUACCAAAGGAGAAGCACGCGAAGGACAAGGACUCGAGUCGAGACUACGAGGCCACAGACACGGUCACCCACGAGGAUUAUGUGACCACAAGACUGUGAACCUGGAAGGAGGAAGCGUUUAUCAUCCACAACGCACAUUUUCCAUAGUGCUUUGGGUGUGUGUGUACGGGGUGGGGGGAGAUGUUUAAAAGUAAAUUAGCCUAUGCUAACUUACACUUCAUAGCAUUUAUCAACCGUGGUAUAUUAACGUGUGAUGUUUAAAUCAAGCAAAGUCUAUCGACAACCCUUGUUUGUAGCCCGCUUUUGCUUUCACAAUUUGUUUUACUUUUUUUUUUUUUUUUUUUGGUUAAUAAAUAAACACAUCUUGUAUUCCUGUACUGUUGCAAUAACCCACAGGAAAUUUUUAGCUCUUUUUCAAUUAAACAAAUGCAACUUAUUAUAUGUGGUAGAGGACUCCUAUCAUAAGUAUUUUAUAUGCAAAAAAAAAUGUAGCUGAAAUAUUAGAGCUUUUCAUAAUUUUUUAGGGUCUCUAGGGAUGGUUGCACCUUCAGUUACUUUUCAUUCAGCCCUGCAGUUUGGCUUUAAAACCCAGAUGUUAUCCAAUUAUUUCUUAAGAGCAUGUAAAUAAUUACUGUGCACAAUCAAAGCGAGCAAGCCUCCUCUCACCAAGCCCAGAUCAAACUCUUGAAAUGGAAGUCAAGGAUACUUUCUAGAGUUUUAGGUUGCCCGUUUUUCC